CGAAAAUGAGCAACAAUCCCCAACUCCUGGAAUCCUGCCUACUGCAUCUGGGCCUGAUGCUUCCCCGGGUCUCAAUUGCCCUGUCAAGUUCGAGCAAUCCAUUCAUCUGCUUACUCCUCCUGAGCAACAAUCCCCACUAUUAUCUAUCAUAUUUCUCUGUACCUACUUGAUAUGCAUAUAAACCACAUGUUCCUGUUAGACUAGACCAGAUCAAAGCAAAACAGAAUAUUUUAUUGGCUUAUUGCUGUAAUCUGCACAGGAUUAUUUGUGCUCUCUAGAUAUAAAUAGAGAACAGACCAACACGACUAACGACUUUAACUAACCAACACAACUAUUACAAACCAACACACCUAUUACCAAAAGAAACUACCCAUAAUUGCCUUUUAGAAACUACUCACUGUUUUUUUAAUUAAUUAAAUAUGUAAAACACGCUAACUGACUCUAUACUAAUUGACCCGAACAUUGACUCAUUACCCAUUCGGUUAUAUGUGAACAAACCUGAUUAAAUCUAACAGUUCCCUUGUAGGUCAUGACAAUGCAAAAAGGAUGUCAGAAGCAGCCGGGGAUGUUGUUUGCCAUUACUGAUGCUUUAUGGGCUCCUCUUCAAGAAGAAGUUGAAAAGCUAUCACACCGCUGUACUCUAGAGAUAACUAAUUUAAUCCUAAACUUUGUUUCCAAGGACCUUUCGGUAGCAGUUGAAAAAGAAGUAAAGAAGGAAAUAGCUUCUGUUGGAAAAAUUGUUGUACAAGCUCUAAUUCCUGUUAUAGAGAAAGGGCUGCCCUUGGCUAUUUAUGAAGUCUUUCAGGAGUUUCAGAAGGGCGGGGCUGACAAAACAGUGGAUUUACUGGAGAAAGCUAUCUAUUCCAAACUUGAAGCCACUAUGGCCACACAAAUCCAAGCACAGUUCCAAAAAUCUGGGAAGCAAGUGAUUCAAGAAGCAUUAAAAUCAACUCUUGAAGCUUCAAUAAUCCCUGCUUUCGACUUGUCGUGCAAGGAAGUGUUUGAACAGAUUGAUGCUCAAUUUCAAAAAGUAAUGACCGAAAAUGUUGCUGCGGUUCAACAACAAUUUGAGUCACUGCGUUCACCUUCGGCACACUCUUUAAAGGAUGCAUUCAGUCCCAUGCACUCAAAAACUAUGCUGACGGUCAGAGAGAGCUCAUGGCUUUAGCAAUUUCUAAAUCCACAAAUGCAAUUAAUGGUCUGAGAGAGCUCAUGGCUUUAUGAUUGUGGUGCAUGUAUUCUCUCAUCUUUUGACGAAGCCUUUGGUUCAGUACAGAUAGCGGUUUGAUUGAUUGGACUGGACCAGUUCGGUGU